AUGCUCGGAAUUGUGACCGGCCUCUUGCUGGCCACGGCUGUAUAUGCCGCCCCUACUACUAGAUCGCCAACGGUGACGGUACGCAAUGGAACCUAUACGGGGACCCAUGUUUCAACCUAUGACCAAGACCUUUUCUUGGGGAUUCCCUACGCCCAGCAACCCGUAGGAGAUCUCCGAUUCAGGGUGCCCCAGUCCCUCAAUGCGAGCUGGGACGAUGCCCGGGACGCGAAGGAAUACUCCGAUAUCUGUGUGGGCUAUGGGACGGACUCGAUCUGGUACCCCCGAUCCGAAGCUUGCCUUACACUGAACGUUGUCCGAAGCUCGUCUGCCAACAGUGAUUCCAAGCUUCCAGUUGGGGUUUGGAUUCAUGGAGGAGGUUUCUACCAGGGCUCUGGAGCCGACCAGCGUUACAACAUGUCUGAGAUCGUGGCCAAUUCUCACAAGAUUGACAAGCCGUUUAUCGCCGUGACCAUCAACUACAGGUUGUCAGCAUGGGGCUUCCUAAGUUCAAGCCAGCUCUCCGGAAGUGGAAACACCAAUCUCGGAUUGAGAGACCAGAGAUUGGCUCUUCAAUGGGUACAGGAAAACAUCGCUGCCUUCGGCGGAGAUCCUGACAAAGUCACCAUCUGGGGAGAAUCGGCCGGUGCCAUGUCCGUUGGCUAUCACCUCACAGCGUACGGUGGACGGGAUGACAAGCUCUUCCGAGCCGGUAUCAUGCAAUCUGGAGGUUCUAUCGCUGCCCAGCCAGGGAACUAUUCGUCCUCCCAAGGAGACUACGAUGACCUGGCUGCCAAAGUUGGCUGUUUGACCGCGGUCGACUCCCUGCAGUGUCUUCGCGAAGUACCUUAUGAGAAGCUUAACGCCGCAUUGAAUGGAACAGAUGCUCCAUCUGGCUAUAACUUCUGGCCGAUCGUUGAUGGUGACUUCAUACAAAACUGGGGCAGCAUCCAACUUGACGAGCAUGCCUUUGUCAAGGUACCCAUCAUCGCUGGCACCAACGCAGAUGAAGGCACGGCAUUCGGUCCCACGGGAAUCAACACUACGGAGCAGUGGUAUGAAUAUCUGACAGAUGGCGAUUUCGGCUUCCAAACACCUACCUCCAUAGCCAAGCGCAUCCUCGACCUCUACCCCGAUGACCCAUCUCAAGGCAUUCCAGAGUUCCUGGGAGAUCAGCGUGUGCCAUCGAAGGGCCAACAAUGGCGUCGGACUUCGUCCUUCGCGGGUGAUUUCAAAAUGCAUGCCCUUCGCCGUAGACAGUGCGAAGCAUGGGCCGAGACAUCGACCCCAGCAUACUGCUACCGAUUCAACGUACACUCGGCUGACGUACCCCUUCUAUCUGGUGCGACGCACUUUGAGGAAGUGGCCUUUGUGUUCCACAACAUUGCCGGGCAAGGGUAUCACUAUGGAAAGCCAUUUGCCGGGGUUCCACAGUCAUAUAUUGAUCUCAGUGCCAUGAUGACGAACAUGUGGGCAUCUUUCAUUCAUGACCUGGAUCCAAACCCGGGUGUUUUGAACAAGUCCGUUUCUUGGGAUUCUUAUUCCAACGGUGAGCCGACGGACUUGUUGUUUGAUGCUAAUACUACGAGUCAUAUGGAGGCCGAUACCUGGCGCAAGGAGGGCAUCGACUACAUCAACUCGGUUGCACGGGCAUUCUGGCGGUAA